AUGCGCGCUGCGCUCGCCGCCCGCUCGGGCGCCUCCCGAGCUUUUGCGUCGUCUUCCGGGAAGACGAUCCUCAUCACCGGCGCCGGGACUGGCCUCGGCGCCGGGUCGGCUCUCGGCCUCGCCGCCGCCGGGCACCGCGUCAUCGCCGCCUGCCACAUCCAUCCGCAGAUUUCGACGCUGAUGGCAGAGGCGCGCGGGCGUGCGGUGCAGCUCGAGACGGCAAAGCUCGACGUCACGCUGGCGAGCGACCGCGAGGCCGUGUUCAACAGGUUUGGCGAGUCUGUGGACAUCGUCGUGUGCAACGCCGCCGUCGGCGAGGGAGGGCCGCUCGCCGAGCUUCCGACUGAGAGGCUGCGCAGCCAGUUCGAGGUCAACGUCUUUUCUCAGCUCGAUUUUGUGCAGCCAUACGCCGCCGCGAUGGUCGCAAAGGGGGCGGGCAAGAUUGUCUUUCUGUCGUCCAUCGCAGGUCUCUUCACGGUGCCGUAUCUUGGCGCGUACUGCAUGUCCAAGCACGCGGUGGAGGCGAUGGCUCUGACGCUGCGGCAGGAGCUCGCCUCGAGUGGUGUCAAGGUGUGCACCAUCAACCCGGCGCCCUUCACCACGGGCUUCAAUGACCGGAACGUGGAGACGCACGCCGAGUGGUUCGACCCGGCCGUCCACUUCACGCCGAAGGCGGCCAUCCAGGACUUCCAGACCGCGAUGGCCAACGGGAUGCAGGUGGACGAGAUGGUGCGGCUCAUCCCGCUCGACAACCACCGGGCGAGGGAGAUGCACACCCCCAACUGGGAGGUCAUCUGCAAGCAGUACCAGGCGCGUGCUGUCUCGCGGAGCCCCCAGCCGCCGCCCGCGGCCGCCUGCUGGGCGAGCGACCUCGAUGGCAACUUACCCGACGACUUUUGGGGCGCGAGCAAGACGGAGGACGGGACGCCAAUGCCGCCGCUCGACACCUCCGAGCCGCCGACGAUGGCUGCCGCUGACGUUCGCCCCCUUGGGCUGUGA